AUGGACGCACGCGCCGGCACCCCGCUCACCCCAUCCUAUAGCCGCGACCCCUCCACCGCCGCCGCCACCGCAAACCCUAGCCCGGGUGGCGUUGGCCUCGCCUCCGCCGGAGCUCCUCCGACCAUCGGCCUCGCGCGCGGCCUCUUCAUGCCGCCGCGGAUGACCUCGGCAGCGGGUGGCGUCGCGCCGGCGCCGGCCCGAGCCGCCGCCCCCUCCUCAAAGCUCCCCAAUGCGGCGCGGCCAAAGAAGGGCAAGACAUCGGCGAAGAAAAACAAGGACGAGGAAGAAUCGUCUUCCGAAGAUGAGGACGAGGACGAAGACGAGGACGAGGAAUGA